AUGGUCAAACCCCUCACAUUCAAAGGCGACAAGCCCAAAAAACGCAAACAACACCGCGAAGCCCCAUACCCAGACCCUUCAUCCCUCCCCCCAAGAACCUCCAAGCCUUCAUCCGCUGCUGCCAUCGCCCGCGACGAGACCGACGAACCCCCCGAAGACCAAAGCUGGGUGUCCGCCGACGCACCCUCGGACCUUGCAGGGCCGGUUGUGCUCGUUCUCCCAUCCGACCCGCCGACGUGUAUUGCGUCUGACGCGAAUGGAAAAGUGUUUGCGAGUGAGUUGGAGAAUCUGAUUGAGGGGGAUGCGUCGACGGCGGAACCGCACGAUGUGAGGCAGGUUUGGGUUGCGACGCGGGUUGCGGGGACGGAGUCGUUUAGCUUUAAGGGGCAUCAUGGGAAAUAUCUCGGCUGUGACAACUACGGCAUUCCCAGCGCCACGGCGGCCGCAAUCUCGCACCACGAAUCCUUCCUCACGAUCCCCUCCCCCGAUAUCCCCGGCACAUUUUCCCUGCAGACCGGCGGCGGCGAUAAAGAGACCUUCCUGUGCGCCCGGGAAGGCAAGACUAGUCGCGCGGUAGAAAUCCGUGGUGAUGCGGCUACUCUCUCCUUUGAGACGACGAUACGGAUCCGCAUGCAGGCGCGUUUCAAGCCGCGGAUUAAGGCUAGUAAGGAGACGAAGGCUAAGGAGAAGAUUAGCCAGAAGGAGUUGGAGGGGUUGGUUGGGAGGCGGUUGGAAGAGAGUGAGGUGAAGAGGUUGAGGAGGGCGAGGAGGGAAGGGAAUUUCCAUGAGGAGGUUUUGGAUGUGAGGGUUAAGGGGAAGCAUGAUAAGUUUGCUUGA